AUGAGCAGCAUCGCGGCCGUCGGGGAGAGCUACCAGAAGUUCAACCCCAGAGCCUACCUCCAAAACAACUACAUGCCCCCCCGGGCCGACUUCAGCUCCGAGGACUGCGUGGUGCCCUGGAAGCUGCGGUGUCUGGCCGACGCCUUCGCCACAGGUGACAUCUACGGCCGCACCCUGAUCGACGUUGGCUCCGGCCCCACCAUCUACCAGCUCCUGAGUGCCUGCGACCACUUCGAGGAGAUCAUUGCCACCGACUACCUGGAGGUGAACCGGGAGGUGCUGCGCCGGUGGGUGCAGGAUGAGCCUGACAGCUUCGACUGGAGCCCGUACAUCAAACACGUCUGCCGGAUUGAGGGCAAAGGAGAGCAGUGGAAGGAGAAAGAGCAGAAGCUGAGAGGGAAACUGAGGCAGAUCCUGCCCAUCGACGUCCACCAGCCCGAGCCGCUGGGCUCCCAGCUGUGCCAGCCAGCCGACGCCCUGGUCUCCACCUUUUGCCUGGAGGCGGUAAGCCCCGACCGGCCGAGCUUCGAGAGAGCCCUGCAUAACGUCACCACCUUGCUGCAGCCCGGGGGCCACUUCCUCCUCAUUGGCGCCCUGGAGGAGACUUUCUACCUGGCCGGUGAGGCCAAGCUCUCGGUGGUGCCAGUGAGCGAGGCCGACGUCAGGGAGGCCUUGAGCAAGAGCGGCUACCACAUCCACGACUUCCGAACCUACCUCAUGCCGCCCAGCCUGAAAAUCGGCGUGGAUGACGUGAGUGGGGUCUUCUUUGUCCACGCACAGAAGAAGGCCGUGAUCUGAGGCCCGUAGCGAGGCAGGCCUGGGCAAUCCUCUUGUUCUUUGCUAAGAUGCACGUCCCACAGCAGAGUGAAGCUUGGUAGCUAGAAAUGCAAUAGAUGCAUCCAUCCUAGGCAGAUAACCUGAGAUGCUGCGUGAUUCUCCUUAGCACCCCCUCCACCAGAGCUCUUCUCCUUUGCAUGUGGUAGCUGAUUUAGCAGUGAAGGGGUUAAAUAAAACUGGAGGCAGGUGGAUUAGCUGGUUCUCUGAGAGUCUCUUCAUUCAUGAAUUCUAGGCUUCUAUUAAUGGCAGGUCCUGUUCCCCUGGGUCUGUGUGGCUUGAGCAGCUACUGGAGUAUCAGGCAGGGCUGGCUUGCUGUAGCACCCAGGUUCUCCUUGUGCCGUACAAACAGAGUGAAAUCCUACUUGGGGCAUGCAUUUCUAGAGCCCCUCCCUAUCGGCUCUGGGUGCUUUUACAGCACUUCGGGAGGUUCAAAUUGCUUACAUCAUGCAAUUAAUCUGCAUACCAGCCUGUGAAGCAGCUCUGCCUUACCACCCUUGUUUUAUAAACAGGGAAACUGAGUCACAGAAACUAAGUAGGGGCAAGUUACAGAGCAAGAGCUGGGAUUAGAACUCAGCCAAUUCCUGACCCUGCGCUCAAUGCACUAGUUUUUCUCUCUCCACAUCGUUUUACAUGACAUGCAGCCACCUCUGGGGCAGAACUCAGCAGCUGCUAAAGGGCAGACAGUAACAUUCCACAAGAGUUUAGAACAGGUAAUGAAAAACCACCUCCCACUCCCUCUGAAAGUGAAGGGGAAGUAGGAGGCAGGCAGAAUAUAAAUGACCCAAUCUGGAAUUUCACUGUAGAGGGAGAAGACAAAACCUAGCCGAGGUAGAAUUUCAGCAGGAUUCCAACUUCAGAAUUAGCACAAUUUAGUUUUGGUACCAAUCCCAUCAGCUGAAGAAUUUUAGUAGGAACCCCAGAUAAUUUAGGCCCAACAGUUAGAAUUUUACUGUAUGUUUAAAAAAACCUUUCAGAGAACCUAAUAAUGCCAAGAUGUUUUCAUGAUUUCCACUGCACUUUAUCUAGAUAUUUAUUGUGUGGCUAUAGAUACGUAUUCCAUGCUGUUCUCUGAGAGCUACACACUCUGCCUGUUUUACUGCAUGAGAAUCCAGUGAAAAUAAAAGCUGUAAAAUCAAGGCAAACAGCUGCCUAGAUUCACUCUGAGUUGGGGAAGUGUAAACGUUAAACAAACAGCCUACAAAGCAGAUGCGAGUCUAUAUUUAAGGAAUCCCAAUGUGGUUAAUAGAGGAUGUUGAAUUUGGAACCAACCCUUUAAGAAAUGUUUUGGGGGUAAAAAAUAGGUCUUUCCCCAAGGUGGGGGGCACAGUAACCCCACAUUGACCCUCUCUAGUAAAAAAUGAUUUGGAAGCCAAGGGUGGGAUUUUAUGGUGCUGAAGUGAGUUAAGAACAUCACCCUUGGGUGGUCUCUCUAAUUUCCUCUCGGGGCUGCAGCAGCACGCGCGGGACCUGCAGGUCACAUUGGUGAGGCAGCUUAAAGCCACAGCGUCUUUCAGAGGCCUGACUCCGUGCCCCACAACGUCACUGAACGUGGACGUGGCAGCUCCUCAGCCCCGUGGGAAGUCAGUCUGACGGGCUGUCUCUUUACUGCUUCCCGCCAGCUCGUGCUCCUUUGUCACCAGGCACAAAUACCUGCCUUGGAGCGUGCCAUAAAAACAGCAGGGUUGGUAAUGACG